AUGGGGCUGCAGUCCUGGUUUGUGUUCAGGGUCCCUUUACCUGCUGGCACGGAGAUGGGCAGAUCCGAAGAGGCUUACAGGAAUUACCUUGACAAAAGGUUCAGUCAACAAUGUGCUGUGCCUUCAACGUCAGCUGCCUCUGAGAGAAGGAAAUCCAAAGUAAACAAGGGACAAACUUGUGCCAGAACAAAAGUGAAGAAAAUCCGCUCAUAUGACAGGGAAGAACCGGAAGAGCCUGAUGUCGUAAAACAUAUUGUUAGGCUAAGAGAAAAGCUGGAAUGGAAAACUCCAUUAUUUCCACGUUGUAUGAAGUAUCAUCCUAAGACUAUUGGUCCAAAGUGCAGUCUAAAGGAGCCUAUGAAAGAUGAUGGUGAGUUUGUAUACUGCCUUCCUGUCACGAACACCAAAGGCAUUUUCAAUGAGUAUGAUCUUCGUGCAGUCUCUGCCUACAAAGCUAAAAGUUGCAAAGAAUUUUGGAUGGUUACUGCCUCAUUCGUCUCCAAGGUCACUAAAACAGGCAGCAACACGGAGGAAGUGGAACUUAUGCCUACUCUGGAUUGGCUUUUGGAAAGACAUUACUUCUAUUUGCUGCAGCAGUUUAAGAUAUUUUCCAACUUCCGGAUAAAUAAAGCCUUUGUCACUUGGAAAUUGAAUGUUAAAAGACUUAAGACUGAGAAGAGCAGGCUGUACCUGCACAACCACCUUUUUCAUACUGAUGAGUUUUUCCAAAGCUGUUUGCUUUAUGUGAGAGGACUCACUGAAGAUGCCCUGAAUCUCAAGAACAGCAAGAAUGAAGACAAUCCGUUGGCCAUAUGCCUUAUCAAGCUGGACACUACCCGAACAUACACUCUGGAAAAUUUCUGUGAAGAGCAGUUACAGCAAGCCACCCAGGCAGUGAUAAAACUUGAGGAGAUCAGGAACAAAGCCAUUGCAAAGAUAAAGACCACACUCUUAAAGGUUGCAGAAAAGAAAGAUGUUAAAGAGUUCUUUGAGUCAAGACCGUGUGAGAUUGACACAACACAUUUCAAGCUGCCCCAGUAUCGGUUCCUGUUAGAAACAAACUUGAAGUUUUUAAGGCUGCUUGACUACUUGUUUCAAGAGCUCAUUCGUCAGCUCAUGAACUCUGCGCUCAGCCAGCUUUUGGAAUCCUUCAUUGGUUCUGCCAGGAUGACAUUAUCAAAGGAAAGAAAGAAUGAAGAGCUCAUGAGGUAAGUGACACUUUUGACAAAUAAAGAGAAGAAGAUCUUUUCUAGAAAGAUAAGUGAUGAUGAAGAGCUCAUUAAUACAAGCUUAACUGCUAUCCCUUCUCUUCAAAACUUACAACCAAAAUCAGAAACUGAUCUAACUGAGAUUUUAAGUGAAAGUAAAGUGGAGGUGGAUUUGAGGAAAACGUAUGCACCAAUAUUUGAAGUGAACUUGUAUUUGAGAAUUCCCACUGAGACCUACUCUCCAGAGAGUCUCGAAGAGACCACUCUGCGGACUGGCCAGGACCACAAGGAAUCCCUGGCGGGCGAUGAUGAUGAGCCAUUUGAGAACAGAAGUAGUUUUAUGAGAUCCUCAAAUGAUGACCUGCUCAUGAAGUACAACCAACGGAGCAGGCUAGGUACCCUCCUUAGACACAUCCUUUCAGACGCAGGACUCGUGCUUGAGCCUGAGCUAGAACGACCCGUCUAUAAUAAAUUUUCUGAAUUUCCAACAAACCUCUUUAUGCAACCCAACAGACUGGACUUUUCAACACAAUUCCAAAAUGUCAUAACAACUAUAGAAAAAUAUAUAACCACAGUCAUCCCCUUUCACCAAGAUCCUCGCCUGUCUGCCUUUAUUGAUUUGGUCUCAGUUCUGGAUUUAUCCAGUGAGACAGAAAGUGUGGUGAAAUAUAAGAAGCAGACCCGAUGGCCAGAUUUCCAUAUCCUUUUCGAAUCAGAUGCUAACUACCAAAGCAAAAUCGUGGCCCUGCUGACAGUCAUUGGUAACUCAAUGGGCCUGGCCAACGAUUACAGCAGCAGGUUUCUAAAAUACUGCUACAUGGUAGAAAAGGCCCAAGUCAUGAUUAUGAAGUUGCCAUAUAUAGGGAACUUAUCGGCAGUCCAGUUUAGAAGUGUGAUACACAAGUUCCGAAGCUACCUAAAGGAGAUCGUGACUAUGCCCACUGAGUCGCGCCUCAGCAUCUUCUGUGUGAAAAGUCAGGACUAUCAGCUAGCCUGCUUACCGUACAUUGACAACGUCAUAGAGAUGAGCUAUAGCCUGUUGCGAUGUUCAAUUGAGGGAAAAAAUACAAGUCUAUUGGAAAUUUUGGAUUCAUCCGUACACCAACUGGAACAUGAGCCUGUAGAAGUAGAAGAAUUUGUGGAGCAUUUUAUUGCUUUGGAUGAUAUUUCCUCAAGCAUAUCUCAAUUAGAAAGAGAGCUUGUCACAAUUUCUGAGCUCUAUUCCGUGGUGAGGCAUUAUCAGAUCGAUAUUUCAGAGGAGCAGACUGCCAUCUACAGGAUCCUUUUCCUGAGGUUUAACCAUCUAAAAACAACUAUGAAAUUAAAUGCCAUGAAUAAAGAGGCCAUCAUAACUAAAUUCAAGAAUACCUUAGAGGCAUAUAUUGUUGGUCUACGAGUGAAGGCCAGCGAUUUAAAAGAUAAAGUAAGAAGUUCGGAUCUGCUAUGUGCCAGUACUCCAGUGUCACAAGCCAAGGACAUGGUCAAGUCUCUCUCAGAAGAAGCUGCGUACUUGACUGAGCAAGUGAAGACGUACUCCAGCUACCAGGACUACUACAACGACGUCCAGUCCCACAUGCACUCCUUUAACGUGGAAGAGCUCACGCAGAUCGUGUUGACGGAGCUCUCUGACAUUGAGUGUGACCUGAUGCUGAGAAAACUGUUAUGGGAGGCACAGGAAGAAUGGGGGAGACUCUACUGGGAAUGGAGGCGCUGUACUCUCCAAACCAUCGAUAUCAACUUAGUGAAGAGCAGUGUCUCCAAGUGGCUGCACAUAAUCACCGUCCUGGAAAAAGGUUUGCCUAAAAGUGAUAUGGUGGCCCACCUCAAGCAAUCAUUGACAGACUUCAAACAAGAGCUGCCAAUCAUCACAGCAUUGGGGAACCUGUGUCUCAAGCCACGGCACUGGGAGGCCCUGCAGGAUAUCACUGGAAAGUCAAUUACUCUUGAUAAAACCCUGCCAAUAGAGAAACUUAUAGCCCUCAAGAUGUUGCCAUAUGAGAAGAAAAUAAAUGAAAUAUCAAUCUCAGCAACGAACGAAGCUGCUCUUGAGAAAAUGAUGUUUAAGAUUGUCGAGCUCUGGAACACCUCCCCACUGCACUUGGUCCCUCAUCAGACAGAGAGCUAUACCAUCCUCAUCAUCUCUUCCAUCGACGACACAAUAGCUCAGCUGGAAGACUCCCAGGCCAUCGUUGCAACAAUCAAAGGAUCUUCCUACCUGAGGCCAAUUAAAGAUCUUGUGAAUGAAUGGCAUCAAAACUUAAGCCUCUUUUCUUAUACCAUUGAAGAGUGGAUGAACUGUCAGAGAACUUGGCUUUCUCUUGAGCCAAUCUUUCUUUCUUUAGAAAUACAAAAGCAGCUGGCAGCCGAAACAAAACUUUUCUCCCAGGUACUUGUCAUGUGGAAAGAAAUAAUGUCAAGAGUGCUGAACAAGCUGAAUGUUUUGUAUAUAACCAUCACUACAGGCAUCCUUGACAUUCUGAAAAAAUGCAACGAGCAUCUUGAAAGCAUCAAGAAAAGUCUUGAGGAUUACCUUGAAGUUAAAAGAAUGAUUUUCCCGAGAUUUUACUUCCUCAGCAACGAUGAACUUCUUGAUAUUCUAGCUAACAGCAAAAAUCCUAAUUCCGUGCAGCCUCACCUUGUGAAAUGUUUUGAAAACGUGAGACACGUGCUGCUAUGGAAACAGGAAGUCGGCCCUCCUGCCGUGAAGAUGCUUAUCUCUGCUGAAGGAGAAGGCCUGGUGCUACCCAAGAAAAUCCGUGUAAGAGCGUCUGUAGAACAAUGGAUGGUAAAUGUAGAAAAAAGCAUGUUCGAUGUGCUAAAGAAAUUUGUAAUUCAAGGUAUUGAAGACUGGAACAGCCAGACUUUUUCUGACUGGAUAAUGUCACAUCCUGGGCAAGUGGUGCUUACUGUGAGCCAGAUCAUGUUUUAUAAUGACUGUAUGAAAGGUUUUAUGAGUUCUAAUUCAAGAGAAAAGCUAAAGGCAGUCCAUGCCUGUGCAAUGGGUCGUCUGGACAGCAUGGCAGCGCUGGUCACACUGAGUCCUCGCAACCCACGCUUGAAGAGCAUGCUAGCAGCAAUGCUGAUCAUCUGGGUUCACUGCAGAGACAUCAUGGCUGACCUGCUUGCGAAGAGCAUCUCCAGCGCAGAGGACUUUGAGUGGACAAGACAUUUGCUAUAUAAAUGGAAUGAAAAGCAAAAGUUGUGCUAUAUAUCUCAAGGAAACACCAGUUUUGUUUAUGGCUAUGAGUACUUGGGCUGUGCCCCAAGGCUCGUCAUCACUCCCCUCACAGAACGAUGCUGGCUAACUCUCUCUAUGGCACUGUACUUCAACCUGGGAGGCUGCACUACGGGGCCAUCAGGCGUAGGAAAAACUGAGACUGUUAAAGACCUAGCUAGAAGCUUCGGUAAACAUUGUGUGGUCUUCAACUGUUUUGAAGAUCUGGAUUACAAGAUAAUGGGGAAGUUAUUCUACGGGUUGGUGCAGUCUGGAGCUUGGUGCUGUUUUGACGAAUUCAACAGAACAGAUAUAGAAGUCCUAUCAGUCAUUACCUCGCAGAUCCUGUCAAUCAAGACUGCAAAAGAUCUCUAUUCUGUCAGGUUCCAACUGGACGGUAAGGAAAUGCGUAUCAAUAUGUCAUGUGCAGUGCUGAUCACCAUCAAUCCCGGGCAUAGAGGCCGAGUCGAGCUCCCGGGUAACUUAAAGUCUCUGUUUCGCUCAGUGGCGAUGAUGAUGCCCUACUAUAAAAUAAUCACUGAAGCAAUUCUAUUUUCAUUUGGCUUCAAAUAUGCAAGAUCGCUGUCUGGAAAGCUAGUUAGCAUUUACGACUUAGCUGACAAGCAGCUCUCAAAACAGGAGCAUUAUGACUUUGGCAUGAGGACCUUGAAGACAGUUUUAAUAAUGACAGAUAAGAAGAAACAAGAGUAUAAAUGUGACAACAAAAAAAAUCUCUCUGAAAUAGACGAAUCCCUGAUCAUUAUUGAGGCAAUCCAAGAAGCGAGUUUAUCAAAGUUUCUUCCUGAAGAUGUCCAACCUUUUCAAAGGAUCAUAGACUGUCUUUUUCCUGAGGCAAGAGUUUCAAAAGUGCCUCACCUUGCUUUGGAGAAAGCAAUAUCUAUUGCAACAGAACAAUUAGGCUUUCAACACUGGCCAUCUCAGAAAGAAAAGAUCAUACAGUUUUAUAAUCAACUUCAGGCUUCUGUUGGUAUGAUGCUAGUGGGCCCAACAGGUGGAGGGAAGACAACCAUCAGGAGAAUUUUAGAGAAAACACUGGUAAUGCUUCCGUUGACAGAAGUCUUAUCACUUAAAAAAGGGCAAUCUGAUUCAAAAUUUGUAGGAAGAAAAGGAAAAGUGGAUGUUUGCGUUCUGAAUCCAAAAUGUAUCACUCUUAGUGAACUGUAUGGGCAUCUGGACAUUAAUACCAUGGAAUGGACUGAUGGGUUGUUGUCAUCAGUAAUUCGAAAUUAUGUUCAGAUUAGCACUGCAGAUUACUCCAAGAAAAGCAGUCACCUUAAACUAAUGCCAAGAACCACAGACUUAUCUAAUAUUUUCCAAGUUGGUUUCUCCACUACGGCAGAUAUUGAUAACACCGUGUUUAUGAAGGAAGUAGAAAAAGAUGUUAAAAUUCCAGAAGCUCGUGAUUUUGAUUGGCAGUGGAUUGUUUUAGAUGGCCCAGUGGACACCUUUUGGAUAGAAAAUCUGAACACUGUGCUUGAUGAUACUAGAACACUGUGCCUGGCAAACAGCGAACGGAUUGCCCUGACUAACAGGAUCAGAGUGAUGUUUGAAGUGGACUCUCUCUUUAACGUCACUCCUGCUACUAUCACUCGCUGUGCAGUGGUGUACAUGGACCCUGUGGAUCUGGGAUGGGAGCCUUACAUUAAGUCAUGGCUUUUGAAAACGUCAAAAACCAUAAGUCCACAAGGAAUGGAGUGUCUUGGAUUAAUGAUUAAAAAAAGUGUUACAGAAGGGCUUGAGUUUCUGAAAAGGCAUAGAAAGUUUCUGUCAUAUGCAGUACAGGACGUGACUGUUAUCGUGACUCUGUGCAGGCUUCUGGACACUUUAUUUGAGUGUAUGAAUAUAAAAAGAGGAACUACGAAAAGUGAUGAAGCAACGAGUGACACCUCACCUAAAGAGACAAAGACUGCGAAAGUCAAGUUCAUGGAUACGGGAAAAAGCCACUACAAUGACGAAAACGCGUGGUAUUUGGAGAAAAACCCUGAGAAGUUGACAGUGAUGAUUCAGAAAAUCUUCAUCUUUGCCUUCACGUGGGCAUUUGGGGGCAUUUUAAAGCGUGAGGACCAGCAUGAAGAAGACUUGCUGUUCCGCUCGGGCUUUGAACCCGACUCUCUGGCGGAAGUUACCUAUAAUUUCGACAACCUCGUUCAUGAGUUGUUUGAGGACGAUUCGGAAGGAGGUAUCAAUUUACCAGGUGGCGAACGGUCUGUAUUUGGGUAUUUUUUGGACUUCCAGCAAUGUGAGUUUAUGCCUUGGUCAGAUAUAGUUCCUAAUGCACAGACAUUAAUUCAAAGAGGGACGUCAUUGCUGGCCAGCUUUAAGGGGACUGGUGAGAACUUGCUGAGGAUGCAGGAAUGCGAGGAGUGUGUGAACUACAUUGCUACCCAAGAUACCAUGUGCCUGUCUUUCCUCAUGAGCCUUCUCCUAAAGAACUCCUACCCUGUACUUCUCACAGGAGACUGUGGUGUUGGGAAAAGUAUUGCCAUCAACGAGAUGCUUGAAAAACUAGAAGGCCGAGGAACAUUUGAUAUCAAAUAUGGGUCAAUUUUAGGAAAAGUUCUGUUACAUAAUGAAAUUAAAAGAUCAAGCCUCAGGCAGAAUAUCAACAUCUUGAUCGCUGACAACUACAAAGCAACAAUUGACGGCCUUGAUGAGACUACAAAGACCGAAGGGGUUAAAACUGAUGACAGCACAGUUAAAUAUGAUAAAGGGAUUAUAGUCUCUACAGUAAAUUUCACCACCAAGCUGACAGCCGCCAAAGCGAAGGAAAUGAUUCUGCGGAAGUUAGUAAGAAGGACCAAAGACAUCCUCGGAGCGCCAAGGAACAGCCGGAUUGUAGUGUUUAUUGACGAUUUGAAUAUGCCAAUACCAGAUAACUCUGGAGCACAGCCAGCCCUGGAAUUAAUCAGACAGUUGUUAGACAUGGGAGGAGUUUAUGAUACUGAAAGAAAUACGUGGAAGACUAUUCAAGAUGUUUCUAUAAUUGCCGCUUGUACCCCUUCUGCCAGCGGGAAUGACGUCAGUCCACGCCUCCUCAAACACUUCUCUAUACUGACACUGCCUCAUCCUCCGCAGUGUGCCUUAUGGACUAUUUUUCAGGCUCACUUGGGAAUUUAUUUCUCCAUGCAUAACUUCGCAGCUGAGGUUCAGAAAUGUAGAGAGAAAAUUGUCCUCUGUUCCCUGGCGAUAUAUUAUCAAGUCUAUAAGAAAAUGUUGCCAACGCCAACCAAAUGCCACUAUAUCUUUAAUCCCCGAGACAUGUUUAAGCUCUUGCUGGGGCUGAUGCAGGCAGACAAGACCAUCAUUAACUCCAAGGAGAUGGCCGCUCUGCUCUUAGUCCAUGAAGCCAGCCGCGUGUUUCAUGACCGUCUAAUUGAAACCAGUGAAAAAACCCUUUUCUUUCAGCUUCUCUCAAAGGAACUCCAGAACCAUCUACAGGUUAUAUGGAAUCAUGAGCGCCUGAUGAAUAAUCCAACUGUGUUUGUGGACUUUAUGGACAUAAAUAAGCCUCACAGGAAAAAGAUCUACCAGAACACUGAUAACUUUGACAAACUUCUCAGCAUACUUAAGAAAUUCCAGCUGAAGUUAAGUUCCACGUCGCUGGAGAUGUCUCAUUCAACUGUAUUCUUCAAGGAAGCUGUAGAACAUAUUACAAGAGCUACCAGGGUCCUUCGACAGCCAGGGAGUCACAUGUUACUGAUUGGAAUGGAUGGCUCUGGAAAGGAAACGUACGCAACCUUAGCCUGUUACGUGGCGGAACACAAGCUGUGCCGGAUGCCGAUAGCUCACAACUUUCCCAUCUCAGAAUUCAAGGAAAUCUUUAAAAAGAUGUUUAUUCAAGCUGGCUUGGAAGGGACUCCCACUGUGGUCAUGGUGGCCAACUUACAAGAAGAACAAGCAUUAUUUCUGGAAGAUUUGAACUACAUUAUCAAUGCAGGAAAGGUUUCUAACAUGUUUGAAAAUGAGGAGCUGGAUUCUGUUCUCGUGAGAAUCAGAGCCAUCACUGACCAACCUACCUACAUGGAUGAUAGAAAAUAUUUGCUCUCCUUAUUCCAAAAGAGAGUCUCUAAAAAUCUGCAUGUUUUUAUGAUCAUGAGUCCGGCAGGCUCUAACUUCCGCCAGAACUGUAGAGUUUACCCGUCUAUGAUCAGCUCCUGCACCAUCGACUGGCUGCAGAAGUGGCCUGACGAGGCUCUCUUUAUUGUGGCCAACUCCUACCUAGAGGAAAAAAUCAAAAUGGCUAGCAAAGAGAAUAUAAAAAACCAGUUAGCCCCAACAUGUGUCGAGAUCCACAAAAGUAUGAAGAAUUUGAGCACAAAAUACUUUGAAGAAACUGGAAAGCACUAUUAUAUAACUCCCAGUAGCUACCUGAAGUUCUUGGAAAUGUUUGCCCACAUUCUGAGGGUGAGACACGAUGAGAUGCAGGCGAAGAGGAAUCGCUUCUACAUGGGCCUGUCCAAGAUUCUGGAAGCAACUGCAUUAGUCAUAGAGAUGCAGGAAGAACUUUUGAUUAUCGGCCCUCAAAUAGAACAAAAGGCAAAGGAAAAAGAACUCCUUGUGGAAAAGCUGCGGAAAGACUCACAAAUAGUUGAAAGGGUUCAAAUGCUCGUGAAGCAGGAUGAGGAGAUGGUGGCUGAAGAAGUGAAAAUUGUGGAAGACUACGCUCAGAAAACUUCCAAUGAACUUAAAAGUGUGCUGCCCGCUUUAGACAAGGCAAUUAUGGCUCUAAAUUCCCUGGAUAAAAAUGAUAUUUCUGAAUUAAGAGUGUACACACGGCCCCCCCUCCUGGUACUGACAGUCAUGAACUCCGUGUGUAGCCUUCUACAAAAGAAACCCAACUGGGCAACAGCAAAGCUGCUGCUUUCCGAGACCGGCUUCCUAAAGAAGCUAAUCAACAUUGACAAGGACAGCAUCCCUGAUAAGGUGUUCCAGAAGCUCAAGAAGAUAAUAAAUUUGCCUGAUUUCAAUCCCAAGAAGAUCGCUCUGGUCUCUGUGGCAUGUUGCUCCAUGUGUCAGUGGGUGAUAGCUUUGUAUAACUACCAUGAAGUUCAGAAGGUGGUGCGUCCUAAGCAGGCACAAGUGGCCGAAGCUCAGAAUGUCCUUCACAUUGCCAAGCAGAGGUUGGCCGAGAAGCAAAGAGGUUUACAGCUGAUCGAAGAACAUUUGCAGUUUUUACAUACAUCCUACAGAGAUAUUGUUGCUGAAAAACAUCAACUAGCAAGUCGGAAAAAGCUGGCCACCAAGCGCCUUCAGUGCGCAUCUGUCCUGCUGACUGUCCUGGAAGACGAGAAGAUUCGAUGGCAAGAAACAAUCAAUGAAAUAGACAACAAGUUGAAAAGCAUCUGUGGUGACAUACUCCUUUCCUCUGCCUGCAUUGCCUACAGUGGAGUCUUAACGCCAGAAUUCCGCCAGCCUAUGAUACAGAAGUGGGAAGACCUCUGCACUCAGUACAACAUUUCCUUGUCAUCCCAAUUUUCCUUAAUUGAAGUGAUGGCACAAGCAAAUGAGAUCCGCCGGUGGCAUAAUCAAGGGCUGCCUCUUGGUCAGCACUCAGCAGAAAACGCCAUCUUGAUGAAAAAUACUAAGCAGUGGCCUCUGGUGAUUGACCCACACAAGCAAGCCCUCCAUUGGAUCCGUCAUAUGGAAGGGCCGAGGCUACAAGAGAUUUCUGCUGAAGACAGCAGUUACCCCAGAAAGCUUAAGAAUGCCAUGCAAAUAGGAGACUGCGUCCUCUUGCAGAAUGCCCCUGAUGCAUUCCCUCCCAGCUUGAGAGCAAUACUGAAGAAGGAUAUUUGUCAGAAGCGAGGGCAAUAUUACAUCAGAAUUGACGACUCCGAGAUUGAAUACGAUGAGAGGUUCAGGUUGUACUUAUGUACAGAACUAGACAACCCCCGUUUUCUCCCAUCAGUUUAUAAUUUUGUUACUAUCAUCAACUUCACUGUAACAUUCCAAGGCCUGCAAGAUCAACUUUUGUCUACCAUAGUAAGCCAUGAAGUUCCUCACCUAGAAAAUCAGCGUGCCCAGUUACAGGAGAGCAUUUCUCUUGAUGCUGUAACUCUGGAGGAACUGGAGGAAAAAACAUUGACCUUACUCCAGAACACAGAAGGGAGCAUAUUGGAUAACGAAGAAAUUAUCGAAAUCCUAAGAAAAUCCAAAGUGACUUCAAAUGAAAUUUCCAAACGCAUCCAAGAAACAAAAACAGCAGAAAGAGAAAUUCAAGCAACCCGCAGGAAGUACCUUCCUAUCGCCACACGUGGCGCCCUGCUCUACUUCGUGGUGGCCAGCCUCACACAGGUGGAGUACAUGUACCAGUUCUCUCUGGACUGGCUCCGGCAGAUUUUUGUUUCCUCCACAGUUUCCAAAAUUAGAGAGCAGAUGAACGCUUGGAAAAUGGACCAAACAUCUCAGGAGAAUGCUGAUGGGAUGUCCCCAAGUAACUCAUCCCAACAAACUCUGGAAAGUGAGACAAAUCCCUUCUUCGCCAAGAGUAUUAAAAAUGCCAUAGACACAUUGACAAGGAACGUGUUCAAGGUGGUCUCUUUAGCUCUAUUCAAUGAGCAUAAGAUCUGCUUCUCCUUCCGGCUUUGCACCACAAUCAUGAGAGAGAACACCAGUGACACUCUAAUGGCCAAUGACAUAGGAUUUCUACCAGAAGAGGAAUGGAACAUCUUUUUAUAUUCUCGUAUUUUGAUAAAUAUUAAAAAUAUACUAUCCAAGCCUAGACUGAAUAGUAUAUAUGAAAUAUACAGACAGGAGCACCUUCAGUGGGUGUCGGAUCUGAAGUGGAAACAAUGCCAGUACAUCAGCAGCCACAUGGAGCCGUUCUCACUUCUCUGCAAAUCCCUCUUGUCAAAUAAGAAUCAAUGGAACACCUUCCAGGACACUAAGGCUGUGUACUCUCUAAUAAGCAGGCCUUUCUGCUCGGAAGAGCUUUCACCUCGGCAAAGUCCCAGAUCAUCAGAAGAGGGGGAACUUCAGAAUGAAAACACUGAAAUGCUCGGCCCUGUAAAUUUUCCUUGGGAAAACCUCACUCCAUUUCAAAGACUUAUCUUGAUUAAAAUUCUUCGGCCAGAACGUUUGGAGAAUUCAGUAAGAAAGUUUAUCGCUGAAAAAAUGGGGCGUGAAUAUCUUCCCGAGACGACAGUGAAUCUGAGAGAGUCAUAUAAGGGGUCUGCUGCUCAAACACCCCUGGUCCUUAUCCACUCCUACGGGCUUGACCUCAACAAUAUUCUCCUGAGAUUCGCACAAGAAUUCAAAGGAACACCGCCGCAGGUGACCAUGAUUUCCCUGGGCCGAGGGCAGGCAGCCAAAGCAGAAGAUCUCAUUUUUCAGUCAAUGGACAAAAAGAACCAGUGGGUCUUCCUCCAGAACUGCCACCUCGCAGCUUCCUUCAUGCCACGACUCUGCACGAUCAUAGAGACAUUUAGUAGCCCAGAUACGACGAUAGAUCCUGACUUUAGGCUUUGGUUAAGCUCAAAAUCAUAUAGUUCUUUCCCAAUUGCUAUUCUUCAGAAGGGUGUGAAGAUUGCCAUGGAACCUCUCAAUAGGUUGAAAAGCAAUUUACUUCAAACAUUUGGCUAUGGCGGAAGUGGAGAGGUGACAGAAGAGAUCUUUCGUAAGUCUGAUUGCGGACCAUGGUGGAAAAAAAUUCUAUUCAACCUCUGUCUUUUCAAUGCUGUGAUCAAUGAGAGGAAAGUGUAUGGCACCCUGGGAUGGAAUAUCCCUUAUAAAUUCAGCUCUUCGGACCUGGAGGUGUCCAUAAAGAUGCUGGAAAGCGUCCUCUCCGGCCACUCAGAAGUUCCAUGGAAGGAGAUGACCUACUUGAUCGUGAAUGCGACCUAUGGUAGCCAACUGACUGAUAAAUGGGACAAGCGAUGCCUGAAGACUCUUUUCCACAAAUUCUGCAAUCCUGAAAGGCUGAAGGCUAACUUCAGUUUCUUUAAUGAUGAGAUGUACCAGUCAGGGCCCAGCUGCUCAAGCUUAAAGGACUGCAUAGAGAUUAUCCAGUCCUUACCAGACGAUGAGUCUCCCGAAAUAUUAGGACUACACCCCGAGGCCACACGCACCUCCAAUGAGACCAAGACCCAGCAGUUCAUUGAAAAUCUCAUCAUCAUGCAGCCAAAAGCUGUCCGGCUCAACCUCAUGAUUAAUCCUGAGCAGAGCAAUGACAACCUGGUGAUGGAGCUCCUAUCUGACAUCAUGGUGCAGCUGCCCCAGACAGUGGAGAAUGAAGAGGAGGCUUCUGGACCUGAAAUGCAAUGCACAUUCAAAUUCUUUAUAGCAAGUCCAAUGUGGGAGAAGCUUCAUAAAAAUACUGAAGGCUUCGAUCCCCUUAUCCACUCUGCCUUGAUAACCAUUCUGAAACAAGAACUAGAACGUUUCAAUAAGUUAUUAUCUGUUAUACAUAAAUCCUUAAAGGACCUUGAACUUGCUAUAAAGGGAGAGAGCAUCCUCACCGAGGAACUGGAGGAAAUAUAUAACUCUUUCCUUGGAGCCAGAGUGCCCAUGCUGUGGCAGAAGAAUGCCUACAAGUCCUGCAAGCCCCUGAGCUCCUGGGUGAGCGACCUCAUCCAUCGGGUGAACUUCUUCAACACCUGGGCCAAAGUGGCGUACACCGCCAUACACCACCGGUACAUGAUGUUUGUCACAACCUGGAGACAGCUUCUUACCUUGGUCAGCCAGAGAUCCAAACAUGCUAUUGAGAGUGACUCUGCUAGUGGAUUUCCUGCAAGAUACUGGCUCUCUGCUUUCUUCUCUCCACAAGCCUUUCUUACUGCUGUGCUUCAAGAUUAUGGAAGGACCCACGGAAUCUCCAUAGAAGACCUCACUUUCACUCACAAAGUAAUUCCUCCUAUCAAAGCUCAAGAAGAUGAUCCUAUUGCCAGACUCCUCCAGGGGAGGUUCCACAUAGUCAGGAAAGCUUUCCAGCAAAUCCAGGAACAUGCUCCCAAAGGAGUUUACAUUUUUGGUUUAUUCCUUGAGGGAGCACAGUGGGAUCCUCAACAGAACACACUGGAAGACUCGCUGCCCACCAAGUUAUGCUCUGAAUUUCCUGACAUCCACUUCAUGCCAACAAAGAUUACUGAAGCAUACCGUGCUUCUGACCAGACGGACUCAGAACUCCAUACUUUUGAGUGUCCAGUUUUCCAGACACCGGAGAGGUCAAGAAGUGUUACUGGGUUACCAAUACAUUUCUUGACGUCAGUGCAUUUGCCAACAAAGAAGCCGCCUACACACUGGAUCACCAUGCAGGUUGCACUGCUGUGUGAAAAGAGUGAAUGA